CUGACUGGUGUGGUAUUUGGAAGCGUUUGUGUGUUUGACCUGCUGAUCAUGAAAGUGGAGUCUUCAUGCGUAUGUUGUAUAAGGUUCUAAUAAAUUUAAUAGCCGUAGCCACGUUGCUUAUUCUGUUGUAUGGGUUAAUAACAUCGGAACUACAAGUUAACAGAAAAACAGUGUCUCGCGAAAACAGGACGCUGUCACUCGUCGGACUUAACAAGAAACAUGAAACAAAGGCGCGAAUUUCUAAUGUCACUUCAGGGACAAGAGCGGACAAACGGACUAGUGAAGCAGAACCUAUCAAUGUAUGGUGCACAUUUACCAAAGUUCAAAGUAAUUAUCAGAUGAAAAUGAAAUUCAAAACGUUUCUGCUCUCAAUGUUGGAGCACUCUUCUGUCGGAAUUAAUCUGCACGUAAUAACUGACAGUUCCAGUAGGAGUAGUGGAGAGGAUGUGAUACAUAGUGUUCAGAACACGAAUAAGAAAUAUUUUACGGUGUCAUAUUAUGAUAUAGAUGAAGCUACAGAUCGUGUGUCUGACAUUGUUGCUGCUAUGCAGCCACAUUUCAGCUCACAGCCGGGAUCUUACUAUAGCGAUGCAUUAUUCUUUUUGUCACUUGGUUUGCACAGAAUAGCUGAACAACAAGAGCGUGCUAUUAUGUUUGAUAUUGAUACCAAAUUUCUAGCUGAUGUAGCAGACUUAUUCAGGGAAUUUGACAGUUUUGGCAGAAAAACUGUAUUGGGGAUGGCACCAGAAUUGACACCAGUUUAUCAUCAUGUGCUGCACUCAUACAGACGAAAGCAUAAAGGAACGUUAUUUGGUGAUCCUCCUUCCCGGGGCGGAUUUCCUGGUGUGAACAGUGGUGUAGUACUUCUCCAUCUGAAACAAAUGCGUAAAUCGGAGGAGUACCAUAGGCUACUCCAGUCACAGUCUGUCACACAGCUUGCUUCAAAAUACAAUUUCAAGGGACACUUGGGGGACCAGGACUUCGUUACUCUCCUUGCCUGGGAAAGACCGGAGUUCGUGAAAAUAUUACCUUGCAACUGGAACAGGCAGCUGUGCACCUGGUGGAGAGAUCAUGGAUAUCGUGAUGUCUUUGACCAGUUUUUUGAGUGUUCAGGUCCCAUAUACCUCUACCAUGGAAACUGCAACACACCAAUCCCUGCCUAGUCAGAUGAUUCAAAUGAUGAUUUCAUGAGUUACCGGAAUAUUAUUAUCAUUGACCUAGUCUUAUUAUUUGUAGAUAUUAGUUUUGUCUGAACACAUCACUAUUAUGUAACUAUGAUACCAGGAUUUUUCACAACAAAUCAAAGUAGAUCAUGCUUUAACAGCAUUUGUGAAAGAAAGCAAGUCAGUCUCUCUCUCUCUCUCUCUCUCUCUCUCUCUCUCUCUCUCUCCCCCUCCCUCUCUCUCUCUCUCUCUCUCUCUCUCUC